AGGCUUGUUGUUCGAUAGUAAAUGCUCGCGGCUCGCGUAGGCCGCACGCUUGCGUCCACCUGCAACCGCCGCUUAGCUGCUGGAUCUCGCUUCCUGACCAUGUCAAAGCGACAGAAAACAUCAGCCACGGGCACUUCGGCUUCAGCUGAGGGUGUGGGCAAUGUCGAGGCUGCUCUGACCCUCCAUUCUCGCGGCAAGGAGCAUGCCGAAAAGAUGCUCAAGUUCAUCAACUACGCGUGGACUCCCUUCCAUGCGGUGGAGGAAGCUGCAAGGCGCCUGGUCGCAGCAGGCUUCACGCCCAUCUCAGAGCGCGAGCCUUGGUCCGUUCAGCCCGGCGGCCGCUACUUCUUCACCAGGAACAUGACCACCAUCGUGGCCUUCGCGGUUGGAGCCAAGUACCAGCCGGGCAACGGCUUCUACAUGGUUGGCGCACACACCGACUCGCCCUGCCUCAAGCUCAAGCCCGUCAGCGGCUCCACCAAGAGCGGAUACAACAUGCUCAAUGUCGAGACCUACGGCGGCGGUCUGUGGUACACCUGGUUCGACCGCGAUCUGGGUCUAGCGGGCCGGGUGCUGGUGCGGGAGGAGAAGGAGGCGGCGGCGACGACAGGGGCGGCUGCGGGGGCGGAGGCAGGGGCCGCUGGUAACGGCGGUGCAGGCAGCAGCAGCAACAGCAGCACUGUGCUACGGCAGCGGCUGGUGAAGCUGGACAAGCCAUUGCUGCGCAUUCCCAUGCUGGCCAUCCACCUGCAACGCGACAUCCACACCGCGGGCUUCAAACCCAACCUCCACUCCAACUUCGCGCCCAUCCUAGCCACCUCCGUCAAGGCCCAGCUCCUCGCCUCUGCCGCCUCCGCUGCUUCCGCCUCCUCUUCCUCCUCUCCAGAAACCGCUGCCGCCGCCGCCGACCCUGCUGCGGAUGCCGCUCCCGCCGCCGCCGCCGCUGCCGCCCCCAAGUCGCCCCACCCGCCGCUGCUGCUGUCCCUGCUCGCCUCCCAGCUUCGCUGCUCCCCCGCCGCCAUCGCGGACUUCGAGCUGCAUGUGUGCGACACGCAGCCGGGGGUGCUUGGCGGCGCGGCGGAGGAGUUUGUGUUCGCGGGCCGGUUGGACAACCUGGCCAUGAGCUAUGUGGCACUGGAGGCGCUGCUAGCUUCCUGCCCCGACGCCGCCUCGCUGGCGGAUGAGAGUGGCGUGCGGGCGGUGGCGCUGUUCGACCACGAGGAGGUGGGCAGCGAGAGCGCGCAGGGUGCGGGCGGCCCCGUCAUGCGCGACACCAUCACCCGAGUGGCGGCGGCGCUAGCGGGUGGCCAGGAGGGUGCUGUGGAGCGCACGCUGCGUUCCUCCUUCCUGGUCAGCGCCGACAUGGCGCACGCGCUGCACCCCAACUACCCGGACAAGCACGACCCCGACCACCAGCCCCGCAUGCACGGCGGCCUGGUCAUCAAGCACAACACCAACCAGCGCUACGCAACCAACUCCAUCAGCGCCACGCUGUUCAGGGAGAUCGCCCGGCGCCACGGCAUCCCCUGCCAGGAGUUCAGCGUGCGCAACGACAUGCCCUGCGGCUCCACCAUCGGGCCCAUCCUGGCGUCCAACCUGGGCUGCCGUACAGUGGAUGUGGGCAUUGCGCAGCUCUCCAUGCACAGCAUUCGGGAGCAGUGCGGUACGGAUGACGUGGCCAUUGCGUACGAACACCUGCUGGCGUUCUUCCGGGAGUUCUCCCAGAUUGACGCCAGUCUGGAUGUGGACUCCCUUCCCCCGCCCGACAUCCUGGGAACCAUCCGGGACACCCCCUGCAACCACAUGCACUGAUACCGCUACGGCAGCUGCUGGCGUGGCACUGGCGCGGGGACGCAUGCAGGGCCGCGCGCAGGAGCACAGCCGCAUGCAGUACGAGCUUUUGCAUGGGGGGCGGAGAUGCGCGAAGGCACAUGCAAAGGAAGACCAAGACUGAGAAGACCAAGAAGAAGGCAGGCGUGGCAGGCAGCGAUGCCGUCAGGGUGUUGGGUAGAAGGCGCUGGCGGUGGCAGUGCUGACGAUGUUGAGUUGGUGGUGUAGUGGUAACAAAGGCGCGCUGUUAUAGCGUCCGGAAAUGGGCAGCUCUUUUACGUGUGGAUGUCAGCGCUGUAUUAGUAUGUUGCGGAAAGCGGGUGCUGAAUGGGGUAAAAGUGGGUAAGGCGUGCGGUUGAGGGCUGCUGGGG